AUGGCACGUCAGCGUGAUAACAAGGGUGGAAGUUCAGGUGAAAAAUCGACGAGUAAACAAAAAAGUGGCAAGCAGCAACAACAACAACACAAUGUUAUUGAAAAUGCCGAUUCCACAAAAUCGAGUAGUACAACAACGACAAGUACUACAUCUUCCACGGCGGCCUCGGAAACAAAUAAGCCGCCCAAGGGAAAGCACCCCAAGAAGGCCACAUUCGAAGAACCAACAUCGAAAUUUGUUCUGAACAAAUGGAAAACAUUGGCCGGCAGUAUCUGCAUGGCGGUGGCAGCCUAUUUCUGUUAUCAGGGCUAUUUGGAGACACGUGUAAAUACACCAUUUGACAAUCAGAAAAUGGUUACACGAGCUGGCCUUGAUGAUCCCGAACGUUAUUGGGGCUCUUAUCGCCCUCUGAAUUAUUUCGGUAUGAAAACCAGAGAUCCCCACUCCCUGGUAAUGGGCCUAAUGUGGUAUACACCCUCCAAUUUGGGUCACGGCGGUAAGGGUAUACGCCACUGGUGUGAUAUGGGUGAUAAUUUGGAUAAAUACGGGUGGACUCAUCAUGAUGGACGGACAUUUGGUGUCCAGGAGAUACACGAUCUUCCCUUCGAGUUGAAAACCUCCUUUGUAAAGUAUCCCAGUGGUAAACAAUUUGGUGGUGAUUGGACUGCCAGGAUCUCAGUUAAGAAUACCACCCGAGCAUGGGAUCGUUCGAUAUCUUUGAUAUGGUAUGUGGCGUUGGAUGAACGCACCAAUGGUCAUAUUAAAUAUGUGUCGGAUGAGAAAAGUCCCGAGCCAGGGGUGUAUGGUGAAACAUUGGGUCUUGGAGAAUUCCAAUUGCGUUUCCAUCCAGUGAAGGGACGCAUACUGCAUAAAUCAUACCUGUCCACAGUUGCUCCUUCUCUCAGUAAGCUAAAGGAAACGGUAUUUAGUCAUUUCCGUGCAUUUACCGAUAAAAAGGGUCAUCGUUAUAUCGGCUUGCCAGGGGAAAUGAUAUCACACAAUGGUCAGGCGCCGGCAGAUCCUAAUUUCAUUGCCAUACAAAUAACGGCAGAGGUAGAUUUUACGCUGGACAUUACAUAUCAAUCGACUUCGGGAUUUUCAGUGGGUGAGACGAUACCUAAGCCGCCAACCGGACGAGAUUAUACUGAUUCGCUGCAAUCGCACAUUGCGGCUUUCGAUAAACGUUUUGAGGAUACCUUCCAUUUAAAGGCAAAGGGCUUUUCCAACGAAGAAAUUAAAUUUGCCAAAUAUGCGCUGAGUAAUAUGCUGGGCGGUAUCGGCUAUUUCUAUGGAUCAAGUAAGGUUCAAUCGGUUUACACCACCAAUCCGGUUCCCUACUGGAAAUCCGCCCUGUACACAGCUGUGCCGUCACGAUCAUUCUUUCCACGUGGUUUCCUCUGGGAUGAAGGUUUCCAUGGGCUAUUGAUUUCCUCGUGGGACAUUGACAUCGAAUUGGACAUUAUUAGUCAUUGGUUUGAUUUAUUGAACAUUGAGGGAUGGAUACCACGUGAACAAAUUCUUGGUGUCGAAGCGUUGGCCAAAGUUCCUGAUGAAUUUGUUAUACAACGUAACACCAAUGCUAAUCCGCCAACGUUUUUAUUGACCCUCAAGAAGAUUCUAAAACAUCACAAACAGGAGUUGUCUUUAAAGAGUCGUCUGGACACAUUGGAACGUAUCUAUCCACGCCUGCAGGCCUGGUUUGCCUGGUACAAUACAACACAGCGGGGUGAUAUACCCGGGACAUAUCAAUGGCGUGGACGUGAUGCCACUACGGAAAGGGAAUUAAAUCCCAAAACCCUAUCAUCAGGUUUGGAUGAUUUCCCACGAAGUUCCCAUCCCAGCAGCCGGGAGAGACAUGUUGAUAUCCGUUGCUGGAUGGCAUUUGCGGCAAGUGUUAUGGCUGAGUUGUCCACCAUUUUGGGUAAAGAUGAUCAUAAAUACUAUGAAACGGCGGGAUAUCUAAAAGACAACGAUGUCCUCAAUGAACAACAUUUAAGUCCCUACACCGAAACCUAUGCCGAUUGGGGUUUGCAUUCCGAUUCGGUGGUACUCAAACGUCCCCAGCUGACACAGAAAAAUCUACAACGUAAUCAACACCAACAAAUGGAAAUGGUAAGGGUAACAUUGAAACAGCCGGAUUAUAAAUUUGUCGAUUCCACUUUUGGCUAUGUGAACAUAUUCCCAUUCUUAUUGGAGAUACUCGAUCACGAUUCUCCGUAUUUGGGUAAACUCUUAAAGGAUAUACGUGAUCCACAAAAGCUGUGGACACCCUAUGGUCUACGUUCGCUAUCGAAAUCAUCGCCCCUCUAUCAAAAACGUAAUACCGAACAUGAUCCUCCAUAUUGGAGAGGUCCCAUCUGGAUUAAUAUCAAUUAUUUGGCAGUUAAGGCUUUGCGUUACUAUGGCAUGCUGGAGGGUCCCUAUGCCGCCUUGGCUCGUGAUAUUUAUGCCGAAUUGCGGGAAAACCUAAUACAUAACAUUUUCAAAGAGUUCCAACGUACUGGCUACCUGUGGGAACAGUAUGAUGAUACAACGGGUCAGGGUAAAGGUUGUUAUCCCUUCACUGGAUGGAGUUCCUUGGUUGUAUUAAUAAUGUCGGAGCAAUAUUAGAGGAAUUAAGAC